CUUAUAAACGUCACUGUCACCAUUGGCUUGCCUACCGGUGUGUGUGUUUAUUUUAUGUGCUUGUGCUGUUUAUUUUGUUCUGAAAAGCUUUAAUAAGUCUAUUAUUUUCAAUUUUCCGCAAUGAGUGAAGUAAAUACUUCAAAAAUGUUCGAGGCGUUAUCAAUACAGGCUGACCACAAGGAUUUAAUUCACGAUAUUUGCUUUGAUUUUUAUGGUGAAAGAAUGGCAACAUGUUCUAGUGACCAGUACGUGAAGAUAUGGGAUAUAGAUGACAACGACGGGUGGCAGGUGUCAUCCAGUUGGAAAGCCCACCACGGCUCCGUGUGGAAGGUCACUUGGGCUCAUCCUGAAUUUGGUCAGGUUAUAGCUACAUGCUCAUUUGACCGUACUGCUGCUAUCUGGGAGGAAAUUGGGGACACAACAGUGACGGGCACAGAGCGGGGGCUGCGGCAGUGGGUGAAGCGGUCCAACCUGGUGGACUCGCGCACUUCCGUCACCGACGUCAAGUUCGGCCCCAAGCACCUCGGGCUGCUGCUGGUCACGUGCUCCGCUGACGGCAUCAUCAGAAUUUACGAAGCCCCAGAUGUGAUGAACCUGGCGCAGUGGACGCUGCAACAUGAAAUACCCACCAAAGUCUCAAUAAGCUGUCUCUCAUGGAACCCCUCAUUAUCUAGAGUGAACCCGCCCAUGCUAGCCAUGGGCAGCGACGAGCCGGCGGCGGCGGCGGGGGCAGGGGCGGGGGGCACGGGGGGCGCGGGGGGCGAGGGCGCGGGGAAGGUGGUCAUCUUCGAGUACACGGAGAACGCGCGGCGCUGGACCCGCACCCUCGAGCUGCUCGAAGUGCAGGAGCCGGUGAACGACAUAGCGUUCGCGCCCAACCUGGGCCGCUCGUUCCACCUGCUGGCCGUGGCCACCAAGGACGUCAAGAUCAUCAAGAUCGAACCCCUCACCGAGUGUUCGGGCGAGCGCGGCGCGGCGCGGUUCCGCUCGACGGUGGUGGGCUCGUUCCCCGAGCACGCGGCGCCGGCGUGGCGCGUGGCGUGGGGCGCCGCCGGCUCGCUGCUCGCCAGCGCCGCCGACGACGCCGUGCGCCUGUGGCAGAUGCAAUACGCGCAGCAGUGGAAGUGCGUGGCGGUGCUGGCGGCGUCCCCCGCGCCCCCCGCCGCCCCCGCCCCCGCCGCGCGCCACACCGCCUACCUCAAGAUGGCCGCCAUCGCCAACCCCGCGCACAUGCCCAAACAUUGACGGUACCUGGAUAGAGACUCGUGAUACUAUUAAAAGGUAAAACCAAUCAAGUUUAAAGGCUACGAAAUCAGUGCGAGACAUGAGUUGUUAUUUUUAUUAUUAUAAUUAAGUGAACUGUUAGUUUAAAAUAAAGUUUUUAACCGUA